UGCUCAGUCCCACGCCACUUGUAGCCUCCAUGGCGCCGAAAGCCGAGGACGCAAAGAAAAGGAAGGCUGCCAAGGCUGAGGAUGAGCCGGCUGCAAAGCGCGACUGCAAAGAGGAUGACGUAGAGAAAGACGCUCCACCAGAUUCUCGCCCUGUGACCAAAGCUGCGGUCAGCUUCCAUGGCAUAGAUACGACGCUCAACGUUGUGCCAGCCAUGCAAGGGAAAGUGCUCAUGGCUUUGACCGAAGGUGGCAUGCAGUACCUGGUCGCCGGGGCCAGAGCGAGCGUUGGAAUGAAGGCUGGUCGCUACAUGUAUGAGGUGAAGAUCAUUGAGGCCCUCAACCCCGUGGAGUCGACACAGGGCAUCCACGGUCGAACACCGCAGCCAAGGCAACUGGUGCGCCUAGGUUUCUCCGCCGCAGGAUCUUCUUUGGUCCUGGGAGAGAGCGAUGAGUGUGCCUACUUCGACUCCGAGGGGAAUUUUGGGUCGGGCAAGCUGAAGAAGCGGACAUCGCAGAACUUCACGCGAGAUCAGGUGAUUACCGUCAUACUCAACCUGGACCCCAAGAGUUCAAAUGCCUACACCAUGAGCCUCUUCCGUGAGGGUGCGCGAAUAGCAGAGCCGCAGCCGAUCCCGCAGUGUUUGCGGGACAAGCCCCUCUACCCGCACAUCUGCUUCCGCAAUGUCACGGUUCAGGUGAACAUGGGCCCGCAAGUCUUGAGGAGCUUGCCAUUCACAUGCAGAAUGCUGCAGUCAGCAGCUGCAGCUGAUGUGGUUGAGUCGAAAGAACCUGGAGGCAUUUUCAACGUUAUGCUGCCUGUAGCGGUGCCAGAUGAGGGCACCUUCGAUUGGUUGGAUGAUUGGUUGGAGGAGAAUCCCUCCUGGGUGGAGCUCAGUGACCGAAAGCUGCAGCAAUGGGCUGCUAGCAGUGGCCUCGCCAAGCCGAAGGGCGGGUCAUUGGACAAGCCGUCCUUCAGCUACGGCAUCGGUACCUUGGAGGACUUGAGCCUUCAGAAGGUGAUCAAUUCCAUUGCCGCCACCAUCCCCAGAAACUACGUGGUCAUGGAGGUGCGAGGCAACCUCGUGGCAGAGGAACGCGCAGAGGUGCUGAAGAGGUUCAGCCUGCCGCACUUCAAGAAGUCUGCCAUGGUGGUGAUGGGCAAGCCCCUUGAAGAGUUCAAGGAUCGGCUGCGCGCGAAGAUCCUUAAGGAGAAGCAGUCCAAGAGUGACAACGAAUGGAAGCUGAAGAAGGCGCAAAGAGACCAGGCCAAGCAAAUGGCCCGCCGCCAGAAAGAGUUGGCAGAGAUGAGAAGAAAAGCCGAGGAGAGUCGGAAGAAGCUGCUCGAGGAAGCGUUGAAAAAGGCCGGAGAUGAGUCCAAGAAAGAAGAGGUCAAGGCAGAGAAUGCUGAAGAUGCAAAGGACGAGCCAAAAGCGGAGGUGAAGGAAGAGGAGGUGAAGCAAGAAGAGGAUGACGAUGGGAUGGGCGAGGAGCCGCCCAAGGUGGAGUUGACAGAAGAGGAGCUAAACGUCGAGUUUCGUCCCAAAGCCGCGGGAAGUGACAUUGCACCAGGCGCCCUUUCCAAGAGCAUUGCCAACUUCACCGUUCCGGAGGAGUCGGAAGGUUUCGAUGCGGUGGAGUUCGUCUGGGAGGGCGAGGCCGAGAGCAAGGAGUACCUGAAGAAGUGGAUCAUGGAGGCCAAGCAGACCAUGCGCAUCGAAGACCUGCAGCCCUCCAAGUACUUCGCGGACAAGGUGGCUCAGUGGCAAAAGCUUUUCCAAGAUUGGCAGGCGAAGCAAAAGACCUUUAAAGCCAACCCUCCAGCCAAGAAGGAGAAGAAAGACACUGAUGAACCAGAGAGGAAGGUUUUGGACAUAUUCUCCAUAGAGGAUGUUGAUGAUAUGGGGGAUGGUGAACCAUUGUAUGCAAACUUCGCGGCAGAGGAUUGGGCGCUGUUGCAAAUGCGGUACGAGUUCUACUUGUUGCAGGAAUGCUUCAAGAAGGAUGUUGAUGAUCCGGACCGCCUGGACAUUCCGGAAGUCCAUAUCAGCUUUUACUUUACAAAGUACUUCAAGAAGACUCUGAACCCGCAGGCCUUCUCCCUCAAAACUGUGAAUGAUCUGGUGGACUUGAUCAAGGACACAGUCAUCAUCAGCGGAGAUCCUGCGGUGUUGACGGCGAACAUGGAGAACGUGGACUCUCCGGAGAUUUUCGUGAAGUUCACCGAGGAAUGUAGAAGAGACCGGCAACGGCGGAGUGAUGCCGGAGACGAAACCGCGAAGCUGAAGUACGCGGCUCCCAGUGCGCCGGCCAUCAGGCCUCAGGCGCCCAUCCAGAGCUGGCCGCAGAUCCGGCCGCCCGCGGGCUUCAAAGCUCCGGGGAAGGGAGCCGCGCCUGUUGGCACAUGGAAAGGCGGCAAGUGGUGAGAGUGCCUCUGGGCGGCGAGCCUCUAAAAAAAUGGUGCGCAGAAGCCGGGCACUGCAGUUCGGAUGUGGC